AUGAGUGAUAGAUAUACACAUGGUCAAUUAAUAGAAAUUAACAGCCAUAGCUUAUUUUCAAAAUGGUUUUCAGAGAGUGGGAAAUUGGUUAUGAAGAUGUUUAGAAAAAUUCGUGAAAUGAUCAAUGAUCCGCAAGCAUUAGUGUGUGUAUUAAUUGAUGAAGUGGAAUCAUUAACACAUGCGAGGCAGUCAUCUCUUUCUGGAACCGAGCCAUCAGAUUCAAUUCGAGUAGUUAAUGCAGUACUUACACAAAUUGACCAAAUACGUCAAUUUCCAAACGUGUUGAUUCUAACAACAUCGAAUAUUAAUGGAGCUAUUGAUCUGGCCUUUGUUGAUCGGGCUGAUAUUAAGCAAUAUAUAAGUUUGCCAUCUCCUGUAGCAAUUUAUGAAAUUUAUAGAACAUGUAUAAAUGAAUUAAUUAGGGUUGGACUAAUAAGUAAAUCCCAGGAUUUACUAAAUCACCAUAUUAUGAAAAUUAUCAGAAAUGUGAAAGACAAUGAAAAUUCCAGCGUAUCUAAUAAAUUAAGUUUGGAUCUUUAUAAUAUUGCUGAACAAAGCGUAGGAAUGAGUGGAAGAACACUUAGGAAAAUUCCAUUUUUAGCUCAUGCUUUAUAUUUUAAUAAAAGAAAUGUCAGUCGCUUCUCAAUAAUCAGUAGGUACAAGUGUUAUUCAUGUGACCCACCCGAUUGCAGUAUAAGCAGUGUUACUGAGCAUUGUAAUAAUGCUAUACAGUGCUGGAAAUCCACAGUUCGUGGUCCUGAUGGGAACGUUAUGGUAUCUAGAGGAUGUACUACUAGUUCAGAUCAAAUACCAUUUGUAUGUCGAUCUUCUGGAAAUUUGACUACAGGUCUAAAUAGCAUAAGUAAAAGACACACAUCGUCAGCUACUCAAUAUCACAUAGAAUGCUGUACUGGGGAUUAUUGUAAUAAUGGUUCUUUUCCUAUACUGCAUCCACAUCCAUAUAGUAGAGAUAAAGUUCAACCGUACCCUGAAUACUUUGGGUAUGCUUUCAAAUUGUGCUUGGCAAUCUUAGGCCCAAUAGUUGUUUUAAGUUUAGUUGUUGGAAUGAUUUUAAUUAUCAUGAGAAGACUGCAUCGUAAACGACUCAUGAGGAAUCGAAAACGAGACCCUGAAACUUAUUAUGCUGGAGAUGAUGUUGUGAGAGCUACAGCUGCAGGAGACAGUACAUUAAGGGAAUAUUUAGAACACUCUAUGACAUCAGGUUCAGGUUCAGGAUUGCCCUUACUGAUUCAACGAACUUUAGCAAAACAAGUUACUUUAGCAGAAUGCAUUGGAAAAGGAAGAUAUGGUGAAGUCUGGCGAGGGGUUUUAUAUGGAGAAAAUGUUGCUGUAAAAAUAUUUUUUUCUAGAGAUGAGGCAUCAUGGCGAAGGGAAAUUGAAAUUUAUAGCACUAUACUUCUACGACAUGAUUGCAUUUUAAGAUAUUUGGGAUCAGAUAUGAUUUCAAGAAAUAGCUGUACGCAGUUAUGGUUAUUGACACAUUACCAUCCAUUAGGCUCUUUGUACGAUCACUUGAACAGAACAACCUUGACUCAUAACCAAAUGGCACAUAUUUGUCUUUCAAUUGCAGUUGGAUUGGUUCACUUACAUUCAGAAAUUUUUGGAACAGAGGGCGAAGGUAAACCAGCUAUGGCUCAUCGUGAUAUCAAAUCAAAGAAUAUUCUUGUGAGAGUAAAUGGAACAUGUGUUAUAGCUGAUUUUGGUUUAGCAGUUACACAUACACAAUCUACAGGAGCUCUAGAUGUUGCAUCUAAUCCAAGAGUUGGAACUAGACGAUAUAUGGCUCCUGAGGUUCUUGAUGAAAGCAUCAACAUGCAAUGCUUCGAAGCCUUCAGGCGCGCCGAUAUCUACGCUCUGGGUCUUGUACUAUGGGAGGUCGCUAACAGAACUCUUUCGAAUGGCAUUGCUGAGGAAUAUAGGCCACCUUACUACGACGUCGUGCCUUCUGAUCCAAGCUUUGAGGAUAUGCGCAAAGUGGUCUGCGUUGACCAGCACAGACCCAGUACACCUAACAGAUGGUCUUCAGAUCCGACAUUAUCGGGCAUGGCUAAAUUGAUGAAGGAAUGCUGGCACCAUAAUCCAAGUGUUCGGCUGCCUGUACUUCGUGUACAAAAGACUCUACUUAAAUUGGCACAAGCCGAUCCUGAAAUAAGACUCGAUACAGACACUGAUGUUUGUGUGUGA